UAUAUAUACUCUCCAUGCUCAUCCCUUGUAUCAUCUGCCAACCUCACUCAACAUGGCCCUCAUCCGUUCUAUCGCUGUGGUCGCUGUGGCCAUCGCCUUCGCCCAGGUGUCCUCCGCUUCCUGCGGUUGCUACGACGGUGGCAUCAUUGGAGGCCCUGCUGCCUACGAUGGCUACUACGGUGAUGCCGCCUACGGUCUUGCCGGUUACGGUGCCAACUACGGUGCUGUCUACGGUGCUGGCUACGGUCUUGCCGGUCUUGCCGGUUACGAUGCUGGCUACGGUGCUGCCGGUUACGGUGCUGCCUACCCUGCCUACGCGGAGGGAUGUUGCGCUGGACCCGUCGUCGAGAAGAACACCGUUGUCAACAAGGCCGUCACCGUCCCCUACCAAUACUCCGUCCCCACCUACUCCAAGAAGUGCUACAACUCCGUCGCCGUCGACCGUAAGGUGAUCCCCGCCACCUCCGUCUCCCAGCAGUGCGCUGACCAGAUCACCACCGUCAAGGUCCCCACCACCGACAUCGUUACCCAGCAGACCCCUCUGUGCAAGAAGACCUGCACCACCAGCGAGUACAUCAUCCAGAUCCCCAUCGUCGAGACCACCUGCACCAGCGCUCCUCUGUGCAAGAAGACCGUCAAGGCCCAAAGCAACCUGUUGACCACCGUCGCCCAGAAGACUGCCUGCGCCAAGAAGGUGUGCACCCAGAACAAGGUCAUCGAGACCCCCUUGACCAGCACCGUCUGCCAGGACUACCAGGGAUCCAUCACCAAGACCGGAGCCAAGACCGUGAUCCAGCCUGAGAUCAAGAAGUCCUGCGUUCAGCUUCCUCCCUACAAGUGCCUGAAGGCUACUGGCUACUCUGCCCCCGCCUACGGUGCCUACGCUGCUGCUGCCCCCGCCUACGGUGACUACGCUGCUUACGCUGCUGCCCCCGCCUACGGUGCCUAUGCUGGUGACUACGCUGAUGUCUACGCCGCUGCCCCCGCCUACGCUGCUGCCCCCGCCUACGCUGGCUACGCUGCUGCCCCCGCCUACGCUGGCUACGCUGCUGCCCCCGCCUACGUUGACGGUGGUUACUACGGUGCCCCCGCCUGUGGUGGAUACACCGGUUGCUGCGGACACUAAGUCAAAACAGUUGCAACACGAUCACACGAUGAAAAUGAAAUUUGAUAUUUCAUUGUAACAAAAGAAUCACUCUUGGUCACAAUAAAUAUUACGUGUUCCUCUCUCAAAA